AUGGCGACCGAUCAGCAGUUGGCCAUGGUUGCCGAAUUGGAAAUGGAAAUGAUGUCGGAUAUGUACCGUCGGAUGACGGCAGCUUGCCAGGAGAAAUGCAUCGCAAGAACAUUCAAAGAAGGAGAGCUCACAAAGGGUGAGGCAGUAUGUCUAGACCGUUGUGUUGCGAAGUAUCUGGACGUUCAUGAAAAAUUAGGAAAACGAUUGACGGCUAUGUCCCAAGGUGACGAGGCAGCUCUUCAGAAAUUACACGAGAAUAAAUAA